AUGUUCGCAUGAGCGAGACUCCUCGGCAUUAUAUACCUUUGUUAGAGAUCUCCGCGUCUAUUUCCUUCCAUAGAUGAUCAACGUUUGAUUCUUCGCUGCUCUUCUGCAAGACGAGGGCUCUAUAUACAAUUGCGUUGCAGCCAUGAUAUACGCUCUAUUACGGCUUAUCCGCGAAACUCUAGGCCUCGGAAAGUUGUAUAACGCUCUGGUGAAAACUUUCAUCGGCGCUGUGGAGAAUGGAUACGUGCCGGACUUCAUCCUGCGCACGGGAAUUCGUUUCCUGCUUUCAAACCGAGUCGCCGAGGUGCCCAAGGACCUGAACGGGCAGCUGCAGCAGACGGUGGCGUUCGUGAACGACCUCAAGACAAUGCCCAUCGCGGUCAACACCUCGGAGGCCAAUGAGCAGCACUACGAGAUCCCCACGCCCUACUAUCUGCUGGUCCUGGGCUCGCACCUCAAGUACUCCUCCUGCCUCUACCGCUCGCCGCGGGAGUCGCUGGAGCAGGCCGAGUACAACAUGCUGGACCUGUACUGCGAGCGCGCGCAGCUGCGGCCCGGCCAGCGGGUUCUGGAGCUGGGCUGCGGCUGGGGCAGCUUCAGCCUGUUUGCGGCGGCGCGCUACCCCGCCUCCACCUUCUUCGCCGUCUCCAACAGCGCCACACAGAAGGCGUUCAUUGACGGAGAGGCCGCCAAGCGCGGCAUCACCAACCUCACGGUCCUGACCGCCAACAUGGUGGACUUCGAGGCGCCCACCGCCAACGGCCUGUUCGACCGCGUGGUGUCCAUUGAGAUGUUCGAGCACAUGAAGAACUACCAGCGGCUGCUGCGCAAGGUGUCGGGCUGGCUGGCCGCCGAGGGCAAGUUGUUCGUGCACAUCUUCCUGCACCGCACCACACCCUACCACUUCGAGGUGCAGAGCGAGGAGGACUGGAUGUCCAAGUACUUCUUCACGGGCGGCACCAUGCCCUCCUCCGACCUGCUGCUCUACUUCCAAGACGACCUGGUCAUUCGCAACCACUGGUACGUGAACGGGCGGCACUACAGCCGCACUCUGGAGGACUGGCUGGUGCGCCACGACAGGAACAGCCGCGAGGUGCGCAAGAUCUUGACCACCGCCUACACGGGCUCCAAGGACAGCGCCAACGUGUGGUUCCACCGCUGGCGCAUCUUCUACAUCGCCUGCAGCGAGCUGUUCAACUACAAGGGCGGCGAGGAAUGGGGCGUGGGCCACUUCCUGUUCGAGCAGCGCGGCUGAGGAGCGGUACGAGCAGGAGCAGGAGGAACGGGGAAGAUGAGGGGCGAGCGGAAGGAGCGAGCGGAGAAGGGGAGGGGGAGGGAUGGCAGGGGAGGCCAGAAGUGGGCGGCAGAAGGGUAGGGUGGAGGCGGGUGUCUGUAUGUGUAUGUGUGUGUCAGUGGUGACGCGCAUGCCGUGACUCAAUCGAACAUACCGUGUACAUGGGUGGCCGGGGGCGCGGCGGGGCGGGGCUGCAAGGCAUGUACGGGAAGGGACGUGCAGCUGCACGGCCGCUGCACGGCGGCUGCACGGCUGGGUGUUUGAGAGACAACGCAUCCCCACAGUCGGGUCCAUAGCAAGCGGCAUGGCGAACAUGGGUCAAGCAUUGGUUGGCGGUGUUUCGAGUAUAUACCAGCGGAGAAGUAAGGCACCUGGUAUGGCAUGUAUGCGUGCUGCUGCUGUAUGGCCUGGGGCGCACUUGUUGAACACUGGGGGCCAGCGGCGGUGGGGGUGCCCUGCGCUGUAAGGGAGGCUGACCCGCAAAGCCAUGCCGCCCGGCCGCAUCAUCCAGAGAUUGUGUUGGUGCACGAGGGACCUGCUGACGCAGCUCACGAGGCAGCGAACACGCAAUAGC